AUUUCCUGUCCGGAACCAACUUAAUCGUCAGGAAGUUAGGGCGGUGGUUGAGACGGAGCACAGCACAGGCUAGUAGGCUAUUCUUUCUUUUCGUCAGAUAAAAAAAAUACAAAAGCCGCCAACAUGUCGAGCAAAAGGGCAAAGGGAAAGACCACCAAGAAGCGCCCCCAGCGUGCUACCUCCAAUGUGUUCGCCAUGUUUGACCAGUCUCAGAUCCAGGAGUUCAAGGAGGCGUUCAACAUGAUUGAUCAGAACCGUGAUGGGUUUGUUGACAAAGAGGAUCUGCACGACAUGCUGGCCUCACUGGGGAAAAACCCAACUGAAGAUUACCUGGAGGCCAUGAUGACUGAAGCCCCAGGGCCCAUCAACUUCACCAUGUUCCUCACCAUGUUUGGAGAGAAACUCAACGGCACAGACCCAGAGGAUGUAAUCAGAAAUGCUUUCGCCUGCUUUGAUGAGGAAGGCACUGGUUUCAUCCAGGAGGAUUACCUCAGAGAGCUGUUGACCACGAUGGGAGACCGCUUCACAGACGAGGAGGUGGACGAGCUCUUCAGAGAGGCACCCAUUGACAAGAAGAGCAACUUCAACUAUGUGGAGUUCACACGCAUCCUGAAACAUGGUGCCAAGGAUAAGGACGAUUAAGACGGCCACAUCAUAUAGUUUCCACGCUCUCUCCACUUCCUUCACCUCGGCUAAAUCAUCGUGCUGCAUGUCUCGGUCUCUAAGCCCCCUACCCCCACCCAAUGUUAAACAAGGCAAAUGUGACUGUUAAGUUACUGUUAAGACAGACGUAAUAAUAUGCUGGUCCAUGAUUCAAAGAUUUUGAAAGUGGACAUGCAACUAUGGAACACCAACUAUUCAAAUGGCCUGGUUUAGCAGAAUUUUUACAUUUUAUAAUAAAUAUAAACUUUUUAAAUAAAGUACUAUAUCAACUUG